AUGUCGGGGUUUCCGACGGGCUUCGAGGUCCAAGGGGGGCGGGAUAGAACUGCGGCGGUGCCGCCGAAAUACGAGGAGCAGCCGAUGACGUUCAAGUCGCCGGAGGGCCACUUGCUCGUCGGAAAGCUGGUGGACGUGGGCGAAGAGGUGUGCGUCCUGUGCCACGGGUUCAUGGACGGGAAGGACGAGUUCCACCUGCCGGAGCUCGCGAAGCGCCUCGCGAACGAGGGGGUGUCGACGCUGCGGUUCGACUUCUCGGGGAACGGCGAGUCCGAGGGCACGUUUCAGUUUGGGAACUACUACCAGGAGGCGGGCGAGAUCCGGACCGCCGUGGAGGCGCUGCAGGACCGCGGGAUGCACGUCCGCGCGCUGCUCGGGCACAGCAAGGGCGCGAACGCCGUCCUGCUGUACGAGGCGGUGUUCGACGACGUGCCGCUGGUGGUCAACGUCGCGGGCCGGCACCUGCUCAGCCGGGGCGUCGUCGAGCGGCUGGGGCAGCAGACGGUCGACAAGAUCAACGACGAGGGUAGCGCGGUGGUGAAGACGAAGCGCAAGGGGGAGCCCUUCGAGUACACCAUCACGAAGAAGUCUUUGGAUGAGCGGCUGGGGCUGAACUUCGGCGAGAUGGCCUCGCGGAUCAGGGUCAGCAAGUGCCUGACCAUCCACGGCAGCGCGGACCAAACCAUCCCCGUCGAGGACGCCUACGCGUUCCACAGGUGCAUCCAGAAGCACACCCUGCUCGUCAUUCCGGGCGCGGAUCACAACUUCACCUCGGAACGAGAGGCCGAGGCCAUGAUGUCUGCCGCAGUCAACUUCGUUGUGCACAAGCGGUGA